AUGGGAGUGCUCAAUUUGCCAUGGGGCCUCACGGGAGCCCUAUUGGCAAGUACAUAUCUUCACUCGUUAUGCGUCUCGGCCAGUCCCUCAAUAAAUGUUGGCUUAAAAGCAUCCUUCUCGUCGGCCCCGUAUCUCCUCGAAUUGCUGGAAACUGCUGCAGAUGAGAACUCUACCUCCUACUUUCCACUGCUUGAUCGAAUUGCGGACGGCUAUUUCUCCAAGUCUCAAACCGACAAAGCACUCUAUGAGCAGUUUCUACAGGUUCUCAAGGAUGAUGGCCAUAUAUCAGACCCGGAAACUCUGUCUUCGUACAAGUUUGCCUUGUCCAUGCGGUCCUCCGCCCCCCGAAUCGAAGCGCAUUACCAGUAUUACCAUACCGCAGCUGAACCGUCCUUAAAGGCCGAACAAGAGUCUUCAUGCCCCGUCUGGGUACAUUUCGGUGGUAAACAAUAUUGCUCCCCGUCAUUAGAGACGCCUCAUGGGGAUGUCAGCGGCGGCAUGCAAAUGCAAGAAUUGCCAUUUGAUCGGAUUCUAGGAAAUCUUUCAGCACCUACUUCGAUUCUAUAUGCGGAUAUUACAUCCCCAGCCUUUGCCCAGUUCCAUAGGGCUUUAGUCGAGACAGCUCGAGAAGGUAAAACAUCGUACCGCGUCCGUCAUAGAAAAAGUCUUGGGGCCGAGCCCCAACCACUCAUUGUUCCUGGGUAUGGCGUCGAGCUUGCGUUAAAGCGUACCGAUUAUAUUGUGAUUGAUGACCGUGAAGGUGACGAGACUAAGCCUGCCCAGGAGGGCUCCGAGAAAGAGGUUGUAUUUGAAGACGAGGAGUUAGCGGAUCUGAAGCCACUGUCUUCCUCAGAGCUUGUUUCACUUGGUAUCAAGGCGUCAAGUUUUAUUAUGCAAAGCGAAAAUCCAUUUGAGACGCUGGUGAAGCUGUCACAAGAUUUUCCAAAAUAUUCGAGUGCUAUAGCUUCACAUAAUGCUACCAAGGAGUUUGUUGCCGAGUUUGAACAUAAUACUGCUCAGUCCCUCCCUAGUGGCUACAAUGUCUGGUGGUUGAAUGGCGUUCAAAUGAUUGAACGGCAGGUUGAGGCUUUGAGUUUACUUGAUAUGUUAAGAGGUGAACGGAAACUCAUCAAAAGUGUUCGCGAUCUUGGCUUGACUGGGCUACAAGCCAUUCAGCUCUUAUCUCAUGACGAAAUUGGGACGACGAAGGCCGAGAACGAGCCAACUAGAUUUGAUUGGAGGGAUGAUAUUGAAGGAGGCAACGUUAUCAUUUGGAUGAAUGAUAUUGAAAAAGACAAACGUUAUGAGGAUUGGCCAUCAUCCCUUGCAGCGUUGUUACAACACGGGUAUCCCGGGCAAUUGCCAACAGUCCGAAGAGAUUUGUUUUACCUAGUUUUACCGAUCGAUUUUACCGAUGCUCAGGAUGUGCUCCUAGUUGUGGAAACACUCCGAGGCUUUGUCCAGAGAAAGCUCAAUCUCCGAAUUGGUCUUGCCCCCAUUACCAGUACCGCCAACUCCCUGGAGCAAGCGAGGAUCUUGUAUUAUCUACUCGAUACCUACGGGCUUUCAACUAUGAUAUCUUACCUAGAGGGAUCGUAUACUUCCCAGAAACUCUCAGCUCCUGACAGGUCGACCCUGGAGGCCGUUGUGAAAGAGAAAGCUGUUCGACCAGAGAAGGCUGCGCGCCCUAUCGAUGAAAUGCUCAAGUCCGAUGACUACCAAAAUCAGAUUCAAGCGUCCAAGAAAUGGAUGCGCCGGUUGUCUGCCGACACCACAACCCGACCGGUAUUCGUGAAUGGGGUAGCUGUACCGCGUGAUGAAAACUGGCUUCAAUCGAUGAGCCAGAGAGUGACAGGAGACUUGCAAGCUAUCCAAAUGGAGAUAUUCAACGAGAAAUUCGCGCAUGAUGCAUGGCUCCCUUCGUACUUCUUGUCUAAAGCAAUUAAGAGACGGAACUCUCUAAUUGUUCCAGAGAACGAAAAAGCUCUGAGAAUAUUCGACCUCAACAAGCUGCUUGUAGAGAGCCCGGAUAUUCUAAACUCGCUUCCUAGCAUCAAGGCUGAUCCCUUAUCUGUUAAAACUGACUGGGCUCACAUGAUUCUGAUAUCAGAUUUAGAGUCGGAAAGUGGUGCAAAGCUUCUAGCUACAGUUACCGCUUUCCGCGACGUGAACCCUUCCAUCGAAGUCAUCAUUGUGCAUAACCCGACCUCGGAUACGGUUGGUUCCGGCCUCAGUUAUGAUUUCGUUGCCCAAAUGCAAGAAAAUCGCGAGGGAGUCGAGAGUGUCAACGGAUUUACAGCUUUGCUCUCCAAUCCAUCUGUGAAGAACGACCUCACGGAGAAGGAGGCAAAGCAAUACUGGAAAGGUGCAGAAUCUCUCAUAAAAGCGCUAACACUCCGCUCCGGGCAAAGUGCUAUCCUCCUUAAUGGACGACUUGUCGGGCCUAUUCCGGAUCCUUCAGAUCUUACUAAUGAUGAUCUGGAUCAAUUGCUAGCCUACGAGCGUGCUAAACGCAUAUUGCCAGCUUAUACCGCAAUGGAGUCCCUAGGAUUGUCCGACAAAAUCAUGGACCCGCUCUCCGGUGCUAAAAUAUCAUCAAUUGUAGCAACUGCUAUGGUCUCUGAUAAUCCCGAGGGUAUCUUUGAACAAGCUUCAACUCUAAGGGUCGGUAAAUUUGACCUGUGGAAUUCCUCAUACACUUCCAUUGAAGUUGGUGAUGUCUCUACAGCUACUGUUCAAAUGACUAUGCUUUUGGAUCCGGCCAGCGAACAAGGCCAAAGAUGGAUACCAAUAAUCAAAACAAUAUCUGAACUUGACGGCGUAUAUGUGAAGAUAUUCCUCAAUCCCAAGGAGCGGCUCAAGGAGCUUCCCAUAAAACGUUUUUACAGAUACGUCCUCGACUCGAAGCCGACAUUCAACAGCGAUGGGUCACUUCAAUCCCUCAGUGCUACUUUUAGUGGCGUUCCGCAAGAAGCACUGCUAACAGUUGGAAUGGAUGUCCCCCCGGCGUGGCUUGUUGCACCAAAGGCUUCAAUUCAUGAUCUCGAUAACAUCAAAUUGAGCUCCAUAAAGACCAAUGUCGAAGCGCUAUAUGAGUUGGAGCACAUUCUUAUCGAGGGCCACUCGCGCGAGAUGCCAUCCGGUUCUGCGCCGCGCGGUGCCCAGCUUGUCCUUGGAACCGAAAGGGAUCCCCAUUUCGCCGACACGAUCAUCAUGGCAAACUUAGGUUAUUUCCAGUUCAAGGCGACCCCAGGCUUCUAUAAAAUUGACCUCCAGCAAGGACGGAGUUCAGAAAUCUUCAAAAUCGAUAGUAUUGGAUCGCACGGCUGGAGUCCAGUCCCUGGCGACGAGAGCACGGAAGUCGUGUUAAUGAGCUUCCAAGGUGCUACAUUGUAUCCGCGUUUAUCCCGCAAACCGGGAAUGGAAGACGAAGACGUUCUCGAGGCCAAGACAGAUACCAAAUUGGACAUCGUUUCUCGGGGUCUAAGCUUCGCCCAAGGUAUUCUAGGAAAAGGCAAAUCUGUCGAGCCCAAACAGGAGCAGGCCGAGAUCAAUAUAUUCUCUGUCGCCAGCGGCCACCUGUAUGAGCGCAUGCUGAACAUCAUGAUGGUGUCGGUGAUGAAACACACCAAUCACACGGUGAAAUUCUGGUUUAUCGAGCAAUUCUUGUCACCAUCAUUUAAAGAUUUCAUCCCCUACCUGGCCGCCGAAUACGGUUUCAAGUAUGAAAUGGUCACCUACAAAUGGCCCCACUGGCUCCGGGCUCAAACCGAAAAACAACGGCAGAUCUGGGGAUAUAAGAUCCUCUUCCUCGACGUCCUCUUCCCCCUGUCUCUGGACAAAGUCAUCUUCGUCGAUGCGGAUCAAAUCGUCCGUACCGAUAUGAUUGAGCUAGUCAACGUGGAUCUCAAAGGUGCCCCAUAUGGUUUCACGCCUAUGUGCGAUAGCCGCACUGAAAUGGAGGGGUUCCGAUUCUGGAAACAAGGCUACUGGGAGAGAUUCCUCCGUGGCUUGUCGUACCACAUCAGCGCACUCUACGUGGUCGAUCUCCAUCGAUUCCGACAGAUUGCUGCUGGUGAUCGACUCCGCCAGCAAUACCACCAGUUGUCCGCCGAUCCCGGCAGUUUGGCAAACUUAGAUCAGGACCUCCCAAAUCACAUGCAGAGUAUACUGCCCAUUCAUAGUCUGCCGCAGGAGUGGCUGUGGUGUGAAACUUGGUGUAGUGAUGAGAGUUUGAAGGAUGCAAAAACUAUUGAUUUAUGCAAUAAUCCGUUAACCAAGGAGCCAAAGCUUGAUCGUGCGAGGAGACAGGUCCCCGAAUGGACGGUAUAUGAUGAGGAAAUUGCGGCUGUGGAUAGGAAGAAGCGGGGCGUGAAGAAUGGGAAUGGGGAGCAUAAGAAUGAGAAAAGUAGAACUCUGGAAGAGCCGCCCAAGACAACUAGCAAGAAAGAUGAGCUUUAG